AUGCCCACCUUAAUGAAAAGGGAAAUCUUGCGUUUUCUAGUAUGUGUUAUGUUGACUACGAUACUUCUUUGUACAUCGCCAACUAAAGGAAUAAUAAUAUCACCUAAAGCUGCGAUCAAUACCAAUGAAAUCACAUUAACAAGCACGAAAGGAAGCUUUCAAACACUGAAUUGCACAGAAAUCAGUGAAACAUCGGCAGCUAUUCAAUGGUUUCGUAAUGGUUCAACAAAAAUCCCAGGAGCAACAAAUGAUUCUCUCAAGGUGGAAUUUAUCUCCGCUCUGGACAUUAUAUCUACAUACAAAUGCAAAAGAAAAGAUCCCAACUUGAGGUCUGUGGUCUGUAAGAUGAACUACACCUGUAGAGCUACUCUCUCAGUGAAUGUUUCUCAAGCUCAAGCAACGGCUGAACUGACUGUCAACCUAAAUGUUCCAGAAAACCAGUCCUUUUCUGUUAAUUCGAGUAAAAGAUCAAUAACGAUAAGCUGGAAGCCUGCUGUGCAAUUAGACGACGUGGGCAUCAUUAUUGGGUACACAAUCAAGUUGGAUGGCAAAGAAACACAAGUGCGAUCUAACCAGACGCGGCAUACAUUUACUGGACUCAAACCAUACACUAACUACACACUUCAAAUGAAAGCAACCAGUGUGGUUGGUGAGGGGCUGUGGAGCGACGCUAAAACUAUAGCUACAUUGAUAGCAAAACCAGAAGCAAAACCAAGCGUAUUUGCAACGGCAACRUCAWCAAAAAGCAUUGUCAUAACAUGGCAGCUGCGUGAGACCAAAGUCAACGGACCUAUGGCUGGUUUUAGAAUUACAUUCACGGAUGCCCUAGGCAACACAAACACAAAACAAGUUCCAAACAUSAGAAGAACCGUACUGACCAACUUGAAGAAGUGGACGACAUACAAUAUAACUGUGUCAAUUUGGAAUUCCAUAUAUUAUGGUCCAGAAAGCAGCAUUGCAUCURAAAGAACAUAUGAGGAUGCCCCUGAUUGUCCUCCAAAACUGAAAUCAGCUGAGCCCUUGUCUUCCACAAGUAUCCGAGUGACAUGGGACCCACUGCCAAAUACCAACUGCAGGAAUGGAGUUCUGAGACUUUACAAAGUCUUGUAUAGGAGACAUGGUGUCCGUAAUGCACAAAUAGACUAUAUUGAUCCUGAUGUCCAUUCAAAGGUGAUAAGUAAUCUUCAGAAGUAUACAAUGUACGUGUUCUCAGUAGUCGCAUAUACUACUAUUAAUCAGGGCAGUGAGCCAAGUAACGCAAUAAGCAGAAGGACAAAACAAGAUGUGUCUUCGACAAGUAUCCGAGUGACAUGGGACCCACUGCCAAAUACCACUUGCAGGAAUGGAAUUCUGAGAGGCUACAAAGUCUUAUGCAGGAGACCUGGUGCCCGUAGUUCACAAAUGGACUUUACUGGUGCUGAUGUCAAUUCAAUGGUGAUAAAGGGUCUUCAGAAGUAUACAACAUACGUGUUCUCAGUAGUCGCAUAUACUGUCAAAGACAGUGAGCCAAGUAAUGCAAUAAGCAGCAGGACACUUCAAGAUGGCCCCGAUUGUGAUCCAAAGCUGAAAUCAGUCAAGGCCAUGUCUUCKACAAGUAUCCGUGUGACAUGGGACCCACUGCCAAAUACUACUUGCAGGAAUGGAGUUCUGAAAGGCUACAAAGUCUUAUACAGGAGAUAUGGCUUCCGUAAUACAACAAUCGCCAAUAUUGGUCCUGAUGUCCAUUCAAUGGUGAUAAGAGAUCUCCAUAAGUAUACAACUUACAUAAUCAACGUUGUUGCAUAUACUAUCAAAGACAGUAAACCAAGUAACGCGAUAAACAGAAGGACACUUCAAGAUGCUCCCUCUGUACCCCUUACCCCCGAUUAUCCUCCAAACCUAAAAUCAGUCAAGGCCCUGUCUUCGUCAAGUAUGCGAGUGACAUGGGACCCACUGCCAAAUACCACAUGCAGAUAUGGAAUUCUGAGAGGCUACAAAGUCUUAUACAGGAGGCCUGGUAACCGUUAUUGGCAUACGUACAAUGUCGGUUAUGACGUCAAUUCAAUAGAGAUAAGAAAUCUCAAGGAUUUUACAACGUACAUCUUCUCGGUUGUUGCAUAUACUGUUAAAGACAGCAAGCCAAGUAACGCAAUCAGAAAGACGACAUUACAAGAUGUAAUAUCACCUAAAGCUGCGAUCGAUACAAAUAAAAUCACAUUAACAAGCACAAAAGGAAGCUUUCAAACACUGAAUUGCACAGAAAUCAGUGAAACAUCGGAAGCUAUUCAAUGGUUUCGUAAUGGUUCAACGAACAUUCAGGGAGCAAAAAAUGGUUCUCUCAAGGUKGAAUUUAUCUCCGCUCAGGACAUUAUAUCUACGUACAAAUGCAAAAGAAAAGAUCCCAACUUGAGGUCUGUGGUCUGUAAGAUGAACUACACCUGUAGAGCUACUCCCUCAGUGAAUGUUUCUCAAGCUCAAGCAACGGCUCAACUGACUGUCAACCUAAAUGUUCCACAAAAGCAGUUAUUUUCCGUUAAUUCGAGUAAAAGAUCAAUGACGAUAAGUUGGAUUCCUGCUGUACAGCUAGACGAUGUGGGCAUCAUUAUUGGGUACACAAUCAAGUUGGAUGGCAAAGAAACACACGUGCGAUCUAACCAGACGCAGCAUACAUUUACUGGACUCAAACCAUACACUAACUACACACUUCAAAUGAAAGCAACCAGUGUGGUUGGUGAGGGGUUGUGGAGCGACGCUAAAACUGUAGCUACAUUGAUAGCAAAACCAGAAGCAAAACCAAGCGUAUUUGCAACGGCAACGUCAACAAAAAGCAUUGUCAUAACAUGGCAGGUAUGUUAG